AUGAAACAUCGUACAAUGGGAAGCUACAAGGUAUUAAGAACAAUUGGGAUUUUGAUGUUGUUUUUACUAUUCUCACCCCCAUUAGUGUUUGCAAACAUAGAAUGCUCCACAGUAGCUCAACUUUUUUCUUCAUGCUCUAUUUUCAUCAGUUAUGGCACUCCAGAUCCAAUUCCAGGGUCCUCUUGUUGUGAUGCUAUGUCAGGAUUGAGUAUAAUUUCUGAUUCAGGUAAUAAUAAGCAAUCUGUUUGUAGAUGCAUAGUGAGACUAAUUCAAAAUUAUAGCACAAAUGCUACAGCUAUAGGUCUCUUGCCAGGUUUAUGUGGCAUCUCUUUGGGCUUCACAAUUAUUCCCAAUUCAGAUUGUUAG